AUGGCGGCGGCGAUAGAGGAAGCAGUAUUUAACGCUUUGCGGGGUCAUCACAAUGAGCAUACGAAGCUCCCGUCGCCUCGAAUCAUUAAGAUAUAUGUGGCAAGCUUAAAGGACGACUUCAAAGAGGAACGGCGCCUGUUGUUGGAAGUGAUUGGACCCGACCUGCAGUCACUGUACGACGAUCGACAGCUCGAGGUUGAAAUCGUUGACAUCCACUUUGGUACCGGUAGCGAUGAGUUAACUGCCGUAGACUUGGAUCCGUAUGUGGUGGAGGAUCACCUGCAGGAAAUCGAAACGUGCCAUUCUGUCUCGAAAAGUGUAUUUCUAAUCGUACUGCUUGGGUCACGUUUGGGCAAUUUUUUACUGCCAACAAAACUCGACCCCAGCGUAUUCACGGCUAUUGCGAAUCAAUCCACCGACGAUGAAUGUACAAGCUUGCGGAAGUGGUACAGCACCGAACGGCCGAGCACGACGACCCAUCUGGGGGAUGAGGAGCAGCAGGAUGCGGAAGGAUAUUACUGGCUCGCAACGGACUACAGAGCGCUGGACCGGGCCGAAUGGGCGACGGAGAGCCGACGAUUGCGUGAGCUGCUGGAGCGGAGGAUAGAUGAGGCGCUGCCUGCGGCCGAGAUGACGACACCCACCGAAGGAUCCGAUGGGGAACAAUUCUGUGAUAAUCUGAAACGACUGAAAACCAGAGCUAUCGCACGGGAAAUUGAAAAGGGUUUAGCAUGUUCGCCGGGACGAAUUUUGGCACUUUUCCGGCACUGGCAGAAGCAACCGGAAAACGGUUCCACCGACCAUGCGGAUGAUGACCAUUUGGGCUCGGUCUUGGCCAGCGCCGCUGAGCAGCUGGAAAGCAGAAUCAUCGAAGCGCUACCCGCCAGUAACCACCAAACGCUAAUCGUUGAUUGGGCGGAAAAUGGAAUCGACCCGGAGCUCGAGUGUCACGAUGUGUACUUGACCAGCUUCAAACAUAAAAUGUUCGAGAUAAUGAAAGCUUCCAUCGAUCAGGAUCUGGCCAAGGACCCAAACGGUGGCAAGGGUCGUAAGAAAACGGUGCAGGAAAUUUUCCACGAACACUCGACGCAUUUAAUGUGCUUAAAUGAGCACCUGAGUGCGAACAAAUACAUCUCGUCCAAGGUUCCGGAGCGGAUACGGCAGAACGUGCAGAUGAACUUCCGUUCCGGGAGCCGGCAUCCGCCGUACUUCAUCCACGGUGGGCAUGGCAGCGGAAAGAGCACACUGUUGUCGCACAUCUACGCCCAGCUGACGGGUUGGUUCGAGCAUACAAAAGUUCACCGAGUGAUACGGUACGCGUCGGCCACUCCUCGCUCGGCGUACAACUUGGAGCUGCUGCGCGUCGUUUGCCAGCAGCUGGCGAUCAUCUUGAACAUUCCCGAGGGCUAUCUUCCGAAGGAUGCAUCGUUCGACCCGCUCUACAUCAACAACUGGUUCCAGAACUUGCUCAAGCACUGCGAGGACCUGCACAACGAGAUACUGUUCCUGUUCAUUGAUGAUCUGCAUCGGCUAAACCCGCUGGAUUGUGACAUAGUGGCUGCACUGUCCUGGCUGCCCAUCAGCCUGCCCUGGAACGUGUUCCUGAUCGUGUCCACCACCGUGCCAAUCGAGUCACUUCGGUUGACCCCGAUGCAGAAGGAACGCUUCAGGUGUGCGGAUUACUUCUUCGAUCUGUCGCUGGAGCAGAACGAAACACAAGUGCAACGUUGGACGGCGGUGCCAUCGCCCUUGCAGGAACAGCCAAGCACUGACCAGCCAACGUUCGCACAGCUCGUGAACGGAGUGUUCGAUGCCAUGGAGAGCCGGUUUGGUGUGAAGGGCUUCAGCCGGUUGGCCGUCUACAUCACGUGCUCCGAGUAUGGUCUGACGGAGACGGAACUGCUGGAGUUGCUGAUGCCGACGCAAGACGCGGACGUGGCCAUCGAUACUCGAGAGGGUGACUUCAACUUUUCUACCUUCCGCACCAUCCGGAACCAAAUGAGGCUCGUGUUGCGAGAGAAACUCAUGUCCGGGAAGUUGCUGGUGGUGUGGCGCCACAGCAUAUGCUCGGAGAUUACCCGGGCGCGCUACAUGACACCGGACAGCGCUCGCUCCAUCCACUCGGAGCUGGUGAAUCUGUUCUUCCCACCGGACAGCGACGACAGCGAGGAGAUGUCCACCGAGCAGCACAGCAGAAAGUCGAGCAUGCAAACCCAACAGGACGACAACGUGACGCAAGUGCUCAACCUGGGGCUGGACAUAUCCUACAGCAUCCGGCACGUGGAGGAAGCGUGGCAUCAUUUGAUCAAGUCGGAGGACACCAAAAAGCUCAAAGAGAUUGCCGUAUGCAACUUCGACUUUCUGCUGGCCGCGGUUCAAACGGUGUCCAUUAGCUAUUUGCGAUGCCUAAUCGAACACGUACGUUGUUACAUCCUGGACCGGGAUAUCGAACUCGUGUACUACACCAUCCGGAAGUCGAGUGAUGUUCUGACGCGUGAUCCAAUGCAGCUGGGAGCACAGCUGAUUUCCUGGCUGAAGUCCGUAUCCGCCCACGAGGGACCGCAGGCACUUCUAAGCGUUACGGUGCAGUCUGCGACGGCUUGGUGCGAUGGGUACACCGUGCCGUUGCUUGUUCCACUGACGGGUUGGCUUCCGGUUCCACUGCCCAGCCAAAUUCGAUGCAUCACCGUGCCCGGUCCGGGUCCGGUUCGUUGCAUUGAGGUUUCACCGUCCAAGCAGCACCUGAUCCUCUCGCCGAAGGUCGGAGAUCCGCAGCUGUGGCACAUCAUGAGUAAUAGUCUCGUGCACACGUUCAAGGGUCAUAGCGGUCCGGUAACGUACAUGAAGGUCCAGUCGCAGUAUCUUGUCACAACGUCUGAGGACACAUCCGUUAUCGUUUGGGACAUGAAGACCCUGGCAGUGAAGUUGAGAUUACGGGAACACAUUGCUCCGGCUCUGUGCGCAACCUUGGCGUUGGACAACAAGUACGUCAUCAGCGGGAGUGAUGAUUCGAGCAUUAUUAUAGCACUGUUCGACGGUGGAAAGCUGGUUACUAAAAUCGACCACCACCGUGGGCCGGUGACGGCUCUGCUCAUGAGCUAUCCGAGUGAAGUCCUCGUAUCGGCCAGCCACGACGCGACCGUGUGCCUGUGGUCGAUGGAAAAUUUCACCCUACUCAAUUGCAUCCAGAUGGCACAGCCUGUCUUGAACACACAGAUCUCGUGCGAUUCCACAUUCCUGCUGGUGCACUGCGCCGACAACGGUUUGUAUCUCCGGUCUCUGACCACGGGAACGGAGCUGCACGCGUUGAAAGGACACAAAUCGAAGGUACGUGCACUUUGCAUUGCAAUGGACAGUCAGCGCGCGAUUGUAGGAAGCGAAGACACGAAGGCACUGAUCUUCGACAUGCACUCCGGGCGGAUCAUACGCACGCUACCACCAAAUCCAGGUGCCGUUACUGCCGUGUACGUGAUGGAAAAGGACGACUACCUCAUCACCGCCGGCGGCAACAAGAUCACGUUCUACUCGUUCCGCAACGAGGAUUCCAUCGUCAAUUUCUAUCCGAAAAAGAAAAAGACACUCAAAAAGUUCCACCGCAAUCGGCUUGCACUGCAGUCGACCUCGAGCCCGGUCAUAUGCUUCGACUUGUCGCGGGACUCCACGAUGGCCGCGGUAGCUUCCAGCCGUUGCGUGCAGAUCUGGCAGCUCAACUCGCCAGAACUGACGAGCAUCUUGGAAGGACACUCGGCCACAGUGACCUGCGUGAGUUUUGCUCCAAACUGUGAGCUGGUCGCGUCCGGUUCCGAGGACAAAACGGUGAAUGUGUGGAGCUUAGCACUGGGCACGGUGACCGCCACCUUCAAGGGCCACUGUACGUCGGUCACCUCGGUUACGUUCAUGAUGGAUGCGCGUCGCAUCAUAUCCGCCGACAGGGACGGGCUGCUGCACGUGUGGAUCUCCGACUCCGGUAUGGUCCUGCAGAGUGUGCAGGGUCCACACAAGUGCCUGUCGGUGACGAACAACAUGAAGUUCGCGGUCUGCACCAACGGCGAUUCUAGCUUGCGCAUUUGGUCGCUCACGCGCGAGGACGAGAAGUACACCGUGUCGCACUCGGACGAGAUCACUUGCUUCGUCAUCACGGCUGACUCGCUUUACGUAAUUACCGGCUCGCGGGACAUGUCAUUGAAAGUGUGGCAAGCCACGGGUGGCAAGCUUGCCCAAGUUCUCGUGGGACACACUGAUGCAGUCACGUGCGUGGCAGUGUCCGUGACGAACAAGAGCCAGGUCAUUUCGGGUUCUAAGGACUCGAACCUAAUAAUCUGGGACAUUCACACGGGCGAGGAGAUACACACGCUCGCCGGUCACCUGGGACCGGUAACGUGUGUCAAAGUGUCGGCAGAUGGCACCACUGCCGUUUCCGGAAGCGACGACAAGACGCUGAUCGUGUGGGAAACGAAGCGUGGCCUUGCUCUCACGUCGCUGCAGCUGCACGUACAAUUUACGCGCUUCGAUAUCAGCCUGGAGUGCUCGCGGAUUGUCGUGCAGCUAGUGGACAGCUCUUGUCUGCCCAUCAUCUGUCUACACAACUCACCAGCGAGCUACAUUAAGCUACCGACGUACUCGGCUCCAGCCCGCGAUGUCGAGGAUCUGAGACCGGCCGGUCCGAAGCGACCUGCUCGACGCCUGUUGAAGAAGGAAGUUUCUCUCGACACGUACACCUGGCAGAAGAAGUACGCCCACCUGACGUCUUCGGUGAUGAUGGCGCAGGUGGAUGAGCGUCUUAAGCGACGCUUCUCGGUGUCCGCCAGCAUGGAGGAGAUCUCGAAGCUGGCCGAAUCGAAGAAUGUCGAAUCGCAAGCCAACCUUGGCCCUGAGCAGGCGGCUCUCGCGCAAUCCCAGCACUUCGACCAGCUGGAGGCACUCUGGAAUAAGCGAUCGCCUCCGAGGCGCAGGCUAAAUGCGACGCUCUCGCGGCAGUCUUCGUUGGUAGAGGAUCGGAUCGAUUCGUCGGACGAGGACGAGUUUCAGGAGGAACGCGCAGGUAUGUCGAAGAAACUAGCCCUCUUUCACGCGUCGCGCCCUCUGUCGCUUUCGGUAGAUGCAUGGAACUGUUCUAGUCUGUACUCCUCAACAUCCUCCACCAACACACAAUACAACCAACCGCACCACCAUCAGCAUUACCACCAGUACCAUCACCAGCAUCAGCCCGAUCUGCUGCGGGAGGUGUUGCUGCUGAAGAAGCAACACUCGGUCCCGGCUGGCGGUACCGGUGUUCACUCGGGAGACCCGUUCGGUGGCCAUCUCAAGCUUUCGUCCACCGAAACGGACUUGCAGGCCCUGUUUCGUCACUGUACCUUCGGUACGCUGAACUGCCACUCGCGACGGCGGCAGUCGAGCCCGGAGCGAGGUGAUCAGUAUCACGUUCGCCGGCGUAAGUCUCGCUCGAUCGACAAUCUAAACCACGAGGUGACGGUAUUUAGACAGCAGUAUCGCCGCAAUCCCAUGUCCCGAUCAUGUCUCAUGCAGUAA